CUGUUUGGAGGACAUGACAGCUCUGGUUACUACUGUUUCUGACAUGAGUGUGAAUGCAUGUCAAUAAAAUGUCAAGACUGAGAGCCAUGCAUUCAAGCAAUGAACAUUUACUGUUUCAGUCCCUGGCUAUAGUUGCACAGAUAAAUAAAUCUUGGUCCCUGCCCUCAAGGAGUUCACAGCACAGUGGGCGAUAAAAUUCCUCAUCCAACUAAUGGAUGAUUGAUUGCUCCACAAGGUGAUAAGAGGUACUCCAAGGCAGGUGAUUGUGAAAACAAAUUGCCUAAAAAUCAGAAGUCAUUCAAAUAGAGCCCUGGGAAACUAAGCAGGAAUUGGGCUGGGAAGAAGGUAAGAGGUCAGUGUCCCAGCACAGGGACAGAAAAUGCAAAGGUGCAAGGACACCCAGGCCUGGUGCAGGUUGAGACCUGCCUGUGGCCUGGAGCCAGGAGCUUAGGGUUUAUAGAGGGUGAAGAGAAAACAGAUGUCAGUUCAGUGGCCUUGUGUGCCAUGCUAAAGAAUCAUCUGUGUUCUCUCCUGAAGGUUAUGGGAAUCCCCUUGAGGCCCCUACUAGAGGAGAAGCAUCAUCAAAGCCUGCUGUCAGCCCAGUGUAGAAAAUAGAAUGGAAGCUGGGGUAGAGAGCUGAGCAAGGAGACAGACAAGCAUUCGAGGGAGAAACCAUGAGGGUCUGUGCUGAGGUAGCAAGAGAAGGGCAGAGGAAGGUAGGUGCAUUUGAAGAUAUAGGAGCUGAAUAGACAGUCGGAGACCUCGUUAGAUAUGGGAGGUAAGGGAGAUAAAUAAGGCAAGGAUGGUCCCCCCGGUUCUUGUCUGGACACAGGCUAGCGGCAGUGCCAAGUAUAAUACAAGGAGAAGACUUCAGGAGGGUUGGAGAAAGAAGCUGAGAGAAAUGUUGAAUAUGGAUGGGGAGGGAUCUGUGGGCAUCCAGGUGGAGGUCAGGCAAGCAGUUAUAGAUGGGAGAGCCCCUGGACUGGAGAACAUAGGGGACAGGGGGCAGGGAGCAGUCCAUGGGACAGGGGUGGCAUCUCACACUUGAGGAGUGUCUAGCGAGAGAAGAGGAUCCUGAGAGAGCUCAGGAGGACACCCAGACAUGAGGCAUAGACAGAGGAGGAGGAGGUCUGGAGGAGGCUGAGAGGGACCAGGGAGCUGGGGUUAGGAAAGCGGAGACGGAGAGGGUCCCAUGCUGCCGGCGGCCAGGUAAGCCUAAGUAUCAGGGGUGCCCUCAGCGUUCCAGGAUUACAGUAGUUAGCAUAUCUGCCCCCGCAACAGCCUUUGGAACCCCCCACUCAUGUGUGACAGCCAAAAAUGUCCUCCCAUGUUUCCAAACACUUGUCAGGGCCAAUUACAAGACUAUUUGGUGAGGGCGGGUAAAUUGAGUUUGUAGUGAAAGCCAGGUUAGAACAAAACCACAGCUCCUCAGUCCUGCUGUGGUCUUUCCCUCCUCAGGUCUCUUCCAGGGCUACCCAGUCACUAUUUAUUUUUUGAAGUUUAUAUUACCGAAUUCCUAGCACAUGUCAGGGAUGCCAAAGUGAACAUGACAGUCAAGGUGAUGUAGACAUUUCUGCUCCUUUGUUCAGCUAAAACCGGGUUUUUCUCACAUGACCAGGAAAGAUGAGGCCCACAGACACAUUGAAAGGUGAAGAGAACAGAACUUAUUAAAAGAAAGCUCUCAAAGCAAAAAAAAAAAAAAAAAGAGGUCAUGCCAACAGGCUCCACCUCACAGACUGGAUUCCUGGCCGGCACACUUGAGCUAGAGUCCAGGCUCCUCCCUCUGCCCAAGGCGCGAAAUCCAGAGGCUCCGCCCCCAUCCCCCCAGUGCGCAUGUGCAUAUUUUCUGAGAGAAGCAGUUAGGAAAAGGGCCGGCAGAUGGGGAGGUUCUUCCUCUGUGUUGCGAGUUUUAUAUGGGCCCAGCUGCUGGGUCGUUAUGCUUUCAGGCUGUUUUAGGCUUGAAUGGGGGGUUUCCGCUAGGUAUCCUUGGCUGUCUCCUGUCUCUAUCAAAGGUCUCCCCUCUUGGAGCUGCCAGGGAACAAACAUUUGAAGCCAGUUGGUGGUUCCUUAACUAGACCCAUUUGCAGAAGAUGGGAAUGGGGUGGGCAGCAGGGCAUGUGCUUGGCUCAGGGAGGAGUUGGGCUGAAAAAAAGGGGAUGAGGCAGGGGAGACAGGCGGGGCAGCUGGGAUGUGGAGCCAGUGGGAAGAGCUGGCCUUGAGGUUUCAGACACGAGUCCCACGCACAGCUGCGUCAGCACAGGGUGGUCUGCUGGGGCUAGAGGCCUGGCAGUCUGUGGUUUGUUCUUUGGGCACUGUGGCCAACACAGGAAAAGGCCUUGGGGAAAGCCAGCAUGACGCCUGCUGACCGCACGCUCUAUGGCGAGCACAGGCCAAGGCCUCACAGAGGAAGCUGAAGUUUAAUGGAGGAGUCAAGGGUCCUAAGAAAACAGGGCGUGAAUGGCAUUUUGGAGGCAAGCCUCAGAUAAGGAAAGCUAGAGGCUCCAAGGUUGAUGACUCAGGUGUUACAGAGUGAGGGAGAAGAAGGAGGAUCCCAUUUGUGAAGAAUGGCAGGAGCAGAAAGGGGGCGGCAGGGAACUAGCACAGAGAGGAGAAACGCGGAGGACUCCUCCACAGGCAUCAGCACACAUAUGAUGUGUGCCCAAAUGAUGACAAAAAUUCUGUUUCUCGUACUUAAGGGGUUACUAUGAAAUUAAGAAGAGAAAGCAAAUUAGCAGAAUCUUCUUGUCUGCUCUCUCAUUUAAGACCCAGAAGCCAGUGGGUAAAGAGAUGGGCCCAUGGCACACAAUGAGUGUGCUGGGGGUGGCAGGCUCAGGGCUGGAGGCUAGGCUCUCUCUUAUACUUCCUGCUGCUGGCUCAGUGGUGAGAGUCAGGACCAGGGUUGGGCUCUUUGGUUUUCCCUGUAUGUGGGGAGCUACUCCAUGGAUACAAUCCUUGCAUCUUGAUUGUGUGCAAUAGCCAUUCUCAGCAUCUUUGAGUGACCACACCUGGUGAUUUGGUUGGAAAACAGUGAAACCUUUUGGUGGUACUAUUUUUUAUUACCAUGAAGUAUAAAAAUUCUAUUCUGAGCCAUUUGUGUCCUUAGCGCUUAAUUUAGAAAGGAAGCCUGAGAAAAAGUUAACAUUUCUGAGAAAGUUCCAGGAAGUCAAGCCUCGACGACAGCUACUUGGCCCCUCCCUUUACGUGAAGUGAAUGGGAUUCCCCAUGGACUCAGAGUGGUUAUAUCAUAGUAGCAGUUCCAGCAGAGCCUAGAAGCCCAACCUCAGGAGGUCUUGAGGGUGCCAUACUACCUCCCAUCUGCUAACAACAUCCCUCAGCAGUGUCAUUCCACAGGCCAGAUACUAUGACACCAGCGGAUAUUAAAAAUGUGGCUUGACUAGUCUUAAAUCUGUAAACCCAGUUUUACUACAGAAUAUAUGUAAGGGAGAUUAUGAGCAAUAUAUUACAUGUCCCUUUCUUGCUGUUCCACAUUCAGAUUGACUGAAAUCCAAAAAUGUAAUUGUUCAGGAUUCAUAUAUCACUAGAAAAAAAUCAAGAAGAACAUUGAGGAAGCUAUAAUGCUGUCUGCCAAAUCAUCUCCCAUCCAGAAGUACCUUCGGUUUCUUCUCCCUCGUGUGUUGCGACCUCUCAAGUACAGCUAACAGUUUGUCUGGUGGUGGUUAAGCUCACUACGCUAAGGGUUUACAUGUUACUACAUUAAUUAAUUAGAGCACAUUCCAGCAGCCUCAGUCCUUUAGGUUUAAAUAUCCACUGCCACAGGCCAUGUUUUGUUUUUUUUUCCAAGAUAGACUGGAGUUGGUUAGGUUCUGCAUCCAUUUUCCAAAAAUUACAGCAUUCCAAAGACUGGCAUUUUUAUUGCAUUAGGGUGUUUGCUAAUUUCACAUAUUACUGUGUUGGCAUGCUCCCACAGCUCUGAAUGUGGCAUCCUACUGGUGUCCUUGUUAGCAGUCUGGUGUUCUGAGCCUGGGUUCUUGGGUGCCUGCUGUGGUGGAGAAAGUUUGGGAGCUGCCAGCAGAGAGAGAAUUACCCAGAGAGACAAAAAAUGGACUGUGCUAUUCCAAUGCCCGACAGCUCCUCAGUAUUAUUAAAAUAGCUCAUGAGUGUGAAGGGGCAUAAAUAGGGAGGCUCCAAGGGUGGUAGGGAGGGGUGCUGCUGCCAUGGAGAGAGGGUUACUCCAGAAACUGAACACUGAGUGUGGUGGGCGAUAUAUCUGGCCCCCAGGUUAUGCUGCUGCUGUUGAGGCAAAGACAGACAGAGCCCAACUGGGCCAACCAAGUAGCUCUGUAUGAAAGGCAAAGGGUGGACCUUGUGCUCAGUUCAUAAGGCAUUUGAGUACAUUCAGUUCCACUGGCACACUGUGAAUGUGCACCUCCUUCCAGGUGUGGGUCCUGAACUGACAGAAUCUGGGCCUCAAAGAACAAGCACAAACAUGCUAAAAUCGUUCGUUCAUUCAUUUACAAGACAUAUACUGAGCAACUUCUAUAUAGUAGGCACUGUCCUGCUUAUGGGGAUUCACAGGUUGUCUGAGCAUUAGUCCCCAAGAACUCAACUCCAGAUGUGGAAAAUGGAGGGCCGGUCACAGUGCAGCACAGGAACGGGCUACCACUGAGCUGGGUGUGAGGGACAGCCUCCUCGGCAAAAGGGACAUAAGGAUUGGUCAGUGGCUCAUGGUGGGAAGAAGCCUUCAGCUACAACAAACAACCUGUCAGCUGUGCCUCUUCCACCUGGGUGAGGGUCCCCUGGUUUCAGCUACGGCACAAGAGAGUCAGGGCAUGAUUGGCAGCCAGGGAAGCACCCUCAGGAAGCACUGGCUUGAUUGCUGGUACUGUUUGUUUGUCAUCCGACUAUUUCAGCCAGUUGGGUUAGGACAAAACUGUUCUUGUGAAGGGUUGAGCCUCCUUUUGGCUCUGAAUUGGACAAGCAGGCCUCUGGUGGGAAGGAUGGGAUGAGGUGGGCAGAGCCAGAAGUUUUCACAGAGCUCCUCUUCAGUGUCCCCUGCCAGUAUGUUACUUAGGAAGGAGCAUUAGAAGGGAAUCCUACCAUGUGCCAAUAGGCACUCUUUUCCCCAACAGGCAGCCAGGUGCUGGGUUGUUACUUUCUGCAGAUACUUCAUAGCAAAAACUGGAAAUAGUUUGAAACCUACCAAGAGGGGACUGGGCAGAGAAAAUGGUGGCAUGUGUUAUUGUAAAAAAAAGAUGAUGUAGUACAUUUGUUGUCAUGGAAAGAUAUCUUUAGAAUGUUGAUUGAAAUGCAGGCGAGAAAAUAGUGUUCAUUGGUCCCGUGUUUGUGAAUAUUAAAAUGCACAUGCCUGGGAGAAUGUUUGGAAGAAUAUAUGGUUUGGCUGUGUUCCCACCCAAAUCUCAUCUUGAAUUAUAGUUCCCAUAAUCCCCACAUGUCAUGGGAGGGACCCAGUGGGAGGUAAUUUAAUCAUGGGGGUGGUUACCCUCAUGCUGUUUCCAUGAGAGUGAGUGAGUUUUCAGGAGAUCCUAUGGUUUUGUAAGGGGCUUUUCCCCCUUUUGCUUGGCACUUCUCCAUCCUGCUGCCCUGUGAAGAAUGAUGUGUUUUUUUCCCCUUCUGCCAUGAUUGCAAGUUUCCUGAGGCCUCCCCAGCCAUGCUGAACUUGAGCCAAAAAUAUCUCUCAGAUCUCCAAAAUUAACCUGUUGAUUUGGAUAUGAUUCACCUCCCCAGUGGCUUCACAAGUAUCUGCUUCAGUUAGCUCUGAUACCAUUUCCUAAACCCAAAACUGAGCUAGGUGCUGCGGGAGACAUUCUCUCUGACCUUGGGCAACUUGAAUCUCCUUGGGAAGAUAAGAACAAUAUGCAUACAUACUAUAGAGUGAGGAUGGCCAGUGUGUUUCAUUUCAGAUGUCAGCUCCAGCUAAUUGGUGGCCUUGUGAAGUAUUUCAUCAAAUCAAAGUCACCAUCAAUUGUCCUGAUGUUUUUAGUUCAAAGAGUCUUGCCCUUCAAGCCCAGAAGAAGAUUCUAAGCAAAAUAGCCAGCAAAACUGUGGCCAAUAUGUUGAUUGAUGACACCAGCAGCGAGAUCUUUGAUGAGCUCUACAAAGUCACCAAAGAGCACACUCGCAACAAGAAGGAAGCCCACAGAAUCAUGAAAGACUUAAUCAAGGUGGCGAUCAAAAUUGGGAUUCUCUACCGGAACAACCAGUUUAGCCAAGAGGAGCUUGUUAUCGUGGAGAAGUUCCGGAAGAAGCUGAACCAGACCGCCAUGACCAUUGUCAGCUUCUAUGAGGUGGAAUACACCUUUGAUAGGAAUGUGCUCUCCAAGCUGCUGCAUGAGUGCAAGGACCUGGUGCACGAACUGGUACAGCGACACCUGACGCCCAGGACCCAUGGGCGCAUCAACCAUGUCUUCAACCACUUUGCCGAUGUAGAGUUCCUCUCAACCCUCUAUAGUCUGGAUGGAGACUGUAGGCCCAACCUCAAGAGGAUUUGUGAAGGAAUCAAUCAGUUGCUAGAUGAGAAAGUCCUUUAAAUGCCUUGCCUCCUCCUGGACUUUGCUGCUUUAAAGUUACAGUGCCCAACCAUAAUCUGGGUGAGAAUCAAGAACAUAAGCAGAAACCCUUGUCAAAGAUGUCCAUGUUCUGUCCUGUUUAUCCCUCUGAUGCUGAUGCUGAUGCUGAACUGAGCUUAGGUGUGUUUUUCUUCUGAGCUCUCUAAGAAAGUUUCUACUUAAAAUCACCUGUGUGUAAGCCCAAAAGACAUUUCAUGUAUUUUAAGCAGAAAGUCUCUUUUGCUCAUUACAGUGAGUGCAGUUUAUCUCACGGAGUGGGAGGAGCACUGGACUGGGAAACAGGACAAGGAUUUGGUUUCCAACUUUACCAGUUAGGAAAUUACCCUCUGCAUUCUGGAACCAGGAUGCCUGCCUGUCUGCCUCACAGGGCUGUUUUGAGGACCAGAUGAGAUGAUGUAUGUUCAUGCUUUUGGAAACUCUAAUGUAAGAUCUUAAUAUUUUUGUCUUCUGAGUGUGAGGGGAUAAACCUGGAUGUAGAAUAUAAGCACCAUAGGAGAAAAGAACAAUAGAAUCUAAUGGACUGGGUUUGCAAUCUGUCUCUAAAUGCACUGCUUCAGACAAAGUAAAAUCCAAAGGUGUGAAAAAGUGUAGCUGCAAAUUGGAAAAAUGUUUUUCAAGAGUUAUGUUUUUGGCCUGGCGUGGUGGCUCACACCUGUAAUCCCAGCACUUUGGGAGGCCUAGGCGGGAGGAUUGCCUGAGGUCAGGAGUUUGAGACCAGCCUGGCCAACAUGGUGAAACCCCAUCUCUACUAAAAUUACAAAAAUUAUCUGGGUAUGGUGGUGCACACCUGUAAUCCCAGCUACUUGGUAGGCUGAGGCAGGAGAACUCCUUGAACCCAGGAGAUGGAGGUUGCAGUGAGCUGAGAUGGUGCCAGUGCACUCUAGCCUGGGCAACAGAGCAAGACUCUGUCUUUUUUUUUUUUUUUCUUUAAAAAAAGGUGUUUUUAAGGUCUUAAAUGUUUAGGUUUAUGAUCCUGCAGAGGGAAACUUUCCAUGGGGGGUGGGGAGAGAGAGUUUUCCACCCAUAACACAGAAACAGAAGCACUGUGCUCCCUCUGCAGGACCAGCCUUCCCUUAUCUAAAGGGCAUGGAGCUCAGGGAGGCUUUAUUCCACGCGCACGGGAGAGUCAGGCAGAAUGAACCCCUACCAACCUUUCUUGGCCUUUCACAGUCAUUUUGUGCUGUUGUCUUCUGGUUCAUUAAUAAAUUGAAACUACCCUCCAAA